AUGCCUCCUGCUGAAAAUCCUUAUUUUGCCUUGGAAAAACUUCUAGAAAAUGACAAAUCCGAUAUUCAUUUAAUUGAUUUUCAUGCUGAAACUACGGCUGAAAAAGCGGCAUUUGCUCAUUAUUUUGCUGGCAAAAUUACGGCUCUGUGGGGAACUCAUACUCACGUGCAAACCGCUGAUGAAAGAAUAUUGCCUCCCGGUACUGCCUUUAUUACGGAUUUGGGAAUGACUGGACCAAGUGAAGGAAUUAUUGGUGCUGAACCUGCCGGAAUUAUCCAAAGAAGCAAAUAUAAUUUUUCCUCGCCAAUGCGUCCUUGUGAAAAAGGUCAAGGGCAAUUUAACGGGCUAGUAUUAGAAAUUGAUGAUAAUAGUAAUAAGCAAGAGGUGCAGAUUCAAAGAAAAGCAGCGUCCCCGCUUGUUCCUCAGCCACCACCACCGCCUCAGCCUCCUCAGCGACCACCACCGAUUCCUCAACCAAGACCGUCCUCUCAAGCCUUAGUCUAG